AUGUAAUAAAAACCAUAAUUAAUGUUGUCUUCGAAUGAUAACUUAGAAGAUUACAAAGAUCCUAAUUUGGAUCAAAGCGUUGAUGAUGUUGCUUAAAUCAAUGAUGAUUUUUAUGAAUAGAAACCUUAAGUCCUGAGUCUUCCUGAAAGUUUAAGUCAAAACAUGUUAACUUAAAUUUAGGAAUACUCUGGAUUCCCUGCCCAUACAGAACUCAAAAUUAAAAAGGCUAUGACCUAAAAAGAAAAUAGGAAAUUUACAAUUAGAGUUUACUAUUUUGUAAAGAGGUUCCUGACAAAAUUAUCAGUGAGCAGAAGGCAUAAGCUGUUCUUUAAAAGUGUGCAUUUUUAGAUUGUGGGAGAUAAGGCUAGCGGAGAAGUUGAGAAUUUAGUGUCCAAUUCAUUUUCAGUUAGGAAAAAGAAGAAAGGCCAAUAGAGAUUCAUAUGUUAUAAUCCAAUAACAGAUCUAUUAAGAGUAAUGCCAAUCAUAUAUCCUCAAUCAAUAUCAAAAAUCAUUUGGGACCUCUGUUUAUGCUUCGUACUAAUUUAUUUUUUCAUAAUGAUCCCUCUUGAAUUAGCAUUUAACACAUCCCUAAUGUAUAUGCAAUCUAUUUGGUUGACAACCCCAUUUUACAUAUUCUUAAUAUCGGACUAUCUAAUGAAAAUGAACACAGUAUAUUACGAAUAUGGUUAACCUAUUGUGGAUCGCUACCUAAUUUUUAAUAACUAUCUCAAAUAGGGUUUGAUAAUAGAUGGCAUUUCCUUGUUAGUGCUCUUAUGCGGUUACUUCAAUGACUAUUUCUUCUAAAGCAGAUGGCUCAAUCUAUCAUUAAUCAUUUUCAUAACUCAAUAUCACUACUUUGCUAAAAUCAUAAGGAAUGUAGAAGAAUCAAUUCAUUUAAGCAAAAUUCACUCAUCAAUUAUGAAUUUAGCCAAAUUGCUAUUCACAAUUUUAUAUUUUCUGCACAUCUACAGUUGUCUUUGGUAUUUCAUAGGUUCAUAUGCCAACGACAUAGGCAUGGUUAAUUGGUUGGACAGCCGAAAUCUAACAGAUGCCUCGUAUGAAAUCAAAUAUUUGGAGGCAUUCUACUUUUCAACUGUAACUAUGAUUAGUGUUGGAUAUGGAGACAUAGUUCCCUUAAGUAAAGAAGUUUCAAUAUUAUUUGUUAGAUUCAUUAGAGAAGAUAUGCACAAUUUUAUUUAUGUUUACAACAUGCGUAUAGUUAUCAUUUAGUGUGAAUACAGUUGGAGAGAUAUUGAAUUCAAUAAGUUUGUCUGCUGAGAACACGACUGACAAAAUACGAAUAAUAAAUAAGUAUAUGAAUAGGAAGCAUAUAAGCUUUGAAUUACAAUAUCAGUAUCAAUAUUCAACUAAAUUAAAUAGAAUUAGGGAAUACAUUAAAAUAUAUUGGAGCCAACAAAUGUAAUAGGAAAACGAAGAAGAAGAAAAGCUAAUUACAUCAUUGUCUGAAAACCUAAGAAAUAAAUUGAUUAAUGAGGCCAACUUCUCUAUAAUUGAAAAAUGUGACUUGUUCAAUCAAACAUUUAGUAUAGAGACAAAAAAGAAACUAAUUAAAUUAUUUAAGACUGUCCUUAUUACUCCUGAAUAGAUAAUAACAUGUGAAUUGCCUCAUUAUAAUGAACCUUGUUUAUGCUUUAUUGAUUAUGGUACAUUAAGUAUAUGCACAAAUUUUACAGAUAGAUCUGAUAUCAUUAAAUUCUCAUAAGGUUAGUAUUUUGGAUUAGAUGAAUUAUUAACUGGGUAAUAAUCGAAGUUGUAAUUGCAAUCUCAAUCUUUUGUAAAAUUACUAGUUUUAACAAGAAGUGAUUUUAUAAAUACUUUAAAAGAUAAUCCUAAAGAUUUUGAAUCAUUUUGUAAAAUGAAGGAUGAAAUUAUGAUGCAUCAGAGGGACUCCAAUACCAAAUGUAAAUCAUGUAGUUGUUAUGGUCAUGAUAUCCAAAAUUGUCCAAUAGUCCAUUUUGUAAUUGAUAAGGAAAGAGUCAUAAAGUCUCAUUAAUUUUAUACUCAAUAGGAGAGAGUUCCAGGUUUGCGCAAUAGGGCAAGGAUUAGGAAUCAAUUUAAUGCAAUAUUUGAUUAAUGGUUCUUGUAAGAAAUUGCUUAGAUGAUGAAAAAUCAAGAGGAUUUGCCAAUCAUUCAAUUUUAUAAUAUAAAGCAGAUUGAUCCUUCUGAACCUGCUCAAUCUAAGAAACCAGUUUUGCAAUCGAAAGAUUCUUUGAUUGGGAAUGAAAAGGGGUCAUUACAAUAUGUAGAAUUAAACACUUAAACAGUGAUAAGUCCACCAAAAGUAAAUGACCAUUCAACUUUUUGUAUAUUAUCUUAUUUAAUUAGAUCCGUAGAAUAAAAUAAUUCGUAAAAAUUACACAAGACAGAGUAUUCGAAUAAAAAACUAAGGAGUCAAAUUGAAGUUUUAAAGAAUUAUCAAAAAAGUUAUAAAAAUGCAACACUAUUCUAAAAUAUUUACAAAGACAAAUGAACUUGAGGCAAGCCAAAAGUUUAAUAAGAACAUAAAGGAAAUAGUAGAUAAUUAUUUUGAUAAUCCUCAAUUGAAAAUAUACUUAAAUAAGUUCGAAUUUGAAGAUCUGUAUUUCCUUAGAAUGAAAUGUAAUUUGAUACAGCAUUCAGAAUAUGCCUUAGUAAAACCUUUUGAAGUGUAAAAGGAGUAUCUCAUUUAUAAUGUUCAAAACAACCUAUCUUAAAUAAUCAAGAGAUCGGAUCUCUUUCUAGAAUAAUUGAAAAGUAAACAAUUUAGAGUUGAUAUGUAUAACAGUACAUAGAUAUUAAUGUUGAGUUAAGAUGAGAGGAAAUCCAUUUUAUAGGAGAGUCUCAUUAAAUAUCUGUCAUAUCCAAACAUUUACUUCAAAAAAUAUCACGAUGUAGACAAACCAAAUGAAAAUCCUGAAACAAUCGGAUAAUAAAAAGCCAAGGCUCUGUUUAAAGCUUAUAAAAAAAGAUAGAUCAUGAGAUAAAAUGCAUUUCUCCUGCCAAUUGUCAAAAGAAGCUUUACAAAAAGUUCUAAGUAGACUUUGCACAUAAAUGCAAAUGUAAUUGUGCCUGUUGGCUGA